AUGAUGAGACUAAUACUUGACAUAUGGUGUCGAUGUAAGUCAUAUUUAUUUAAAUCGGCAAAUGAAGUGAUCGCUAAUAUCGAUAGGAACGGCAUAUUUGUGGCCGAAAAUCUUGAAAAUGAGGAAAUAAUUGGUUAUUGUAGUGGAAUUAUUAUUGGGCCAAACAUUGGAUUUAUUGGUGGUUACGCUGUUUUACCCGAAUAUCAAGGACUGGGAGUUGGCUCUAGUAUUUGGCAACAAGUUAUGCAACAUUUAGGCGACAGAAACAUUGGUCUUUGGGCUCGCAAUGAAAAAAUUGGUCACAAAUAUGAAGAAAAAUGGGGUUUCAAAGCAAUUACUUAUAAACAUGCGGUUCAUAUGACUGGUAAUGUUGUGAUCGCCGAUAAUAUUGUCGAUAGUUUUAAUGGCAUUACUGUGUGUUCAAUAAAUGAUAAAUUAUUAGCAAAUGUUGCUAAAUAUGAUGGCAUAGUAACCGGUGGUUUAGAUCGUCGGGUAUUUAUUGAUGGUGUAAUCAAAUCGCCAGAAACAUGGCAUCUUGUGGCCAUUAAUGAACUCCAGGAGGUAUGCGGCUAUUGUUUUAUAAUCGGUGUUUGUGGUAACGCAGCAAUGAUUGGACCGCUUUAUGCGGACAAUAAAACGGUAGCCGAACUACUGGUAGGCCGGUGCUGUAAACUCGUACCCAAUGAUAGACUGCAAAAAGUUUAUUAUUAUUGUUGGGAUACAAAUCCCAAUGCUAUUAAAAUAGCUAAGAAAUUGGGUUUAUGUCAAACAUAUGAUAGUAUUAUAAUGUUUACUAAAGAGUCAUACGAUGGACAGUUAGAUAAAAUUUAUUCAGUUUCAAGUCAUGUAUAUCCAGUUUAA